AUGGAGGCCUCUUGUCUGGAGCUGGCACUGGAAGGCGAGCGCUUGUGUAAGGCGGGGGACUUCAAGGCUGGUGUGGCCUUCUUUGAGGCUGCUGUGCAGGUGGGCACGGAGGACCUGAAGACCCUGAGUGCCAUCUAUAGCCAGCUGGGCAAUGCCUACUUCUACCUGAAGGAGUAUGCCCGGGCCCUGCAGUUCCACAAACAUGACCUACUGCUGGCACGGACCAUUGGUGACCGCAUGGGCGAGGCAAAGGCCAGCGGGAACCUAGGCAAUACACUCAAGGUCCUAGGCCGCUUCGAUGAGGCAAUCGUCUGCUGCCAGCGACACUUGGACAUUGCCCAGGAGCAAGGGGACAAGGUUGGGGAGGCGAGAGCACUUUACAACAUUGGAAACGUGUACCACGCCAAGGGUAAGCAGCUGUCCUGGAAUGCUGCACAGGACCCUGGGUACCUGCCACCUGAUGUCCGUGAGACCCUGCACAGGGCCUCUGAGUUCUAUGAGAGGAACCUGUCCCUGGUGAAGGAACUAGGCGACCGAGCGGCCCAGGGCAGGGCCUAUGGCAACCUGGGUAAUACUCACUACCUGCUGGGAAACUUCACCGAGGCCACAACCUUUCACAAAGAGCGUCUGGCCAUCGCCAAGGAGUUUGGAGACAAGGCAGCUGAGAGGAGGGCUUACAGCAAUUUGGGCAAUGCCCACAUCUUCCUGGGGCGCUUUGAUGUGGCUGCUGAACAUUACAAGAAGACGCUGCAGCUCUCUCGGCAGCUCCGGGACCAGGCAGUGGAAGCACAGGCUUGCUACAGCCUGGGCAACACCUACACUCUGCUGCAGGACUACGAGCGAGCUGCCGAGUACCACCUGCGGCAUCUGGCCAUCGCCCAGGAGCUGGCUGAUAGGGUGGGAGAGGGCCGGGCGUGCUGGAGCCUGGGGAAUGCCUAUGUGUCUAUGGGGAGCCCUGCACAGGCCUUGACCUUUGCCAAGAAGCACCUGCAGAUCUCCCAGGAGAUUGGUGACCGAAAUGGAGAGCUCACGGCCCGCAUGAAUAUUGCUCAGCUGCAGCUGGCCCUGGGCCGGCUGACCAGCCCAGCAGCGGCAGAGAAGCCAGAUCUGGCUGGCUAUGAGGCACAAGGCGCCAGACCCAAAAGGACACAGAGGCUGAGUGCUGAGACCUGGGACCUGCUGCGACUCCCUCUGGACCGGGAGCAGAGUGGAGACACGCACCACACAGGGGACUGGAGGGGGCCAGGCAGGGACUCGCUCCCCCUCCCCAUGAGGAGCAGGAAGUAUCAGGAAGGUCUCGAUGCCACUGAGGAGAGGAGGACGUGGGAGAGCGGCCACUCUCCAUUGGACAGUGCUGACGUAAGGGUGCAGGUGCCUCGUAUGGGUAUUCCCAGGGCCCCGUCUUCUGACGAGGAGUGCUUCUUUGACCUGCUGAGUAAGUUCCAGAGCAGUCGUAUGGAUGACCAGCGCUGUCCCCUGGAAGAAGGCCAGGCAGGGGCUGCUGAGGCCACAGCUGCCACCACCCUGGACGAGAGGGCAGCUCAGCCCUCCGUGACAGCUUCACCACAGACUGAGGAGUUCUUUGACCUCAUCGCCAGCUCCCAGAGCCGCCGGCUAGACGACCAGAGGGCUAGCGUGGGCAGCCUGCCUGGGCUACGCAUCACCCUCAACAAUGUGGGGCACCUCCGAGGCGAUGGGGACCCCCAGGAGCCAGGGGAUGAGUUUUUCAACAUGCUUAUCAAGUACCAGUCCUCCAGGAUUGAUGACCAGCGCUGCCCACCCCCGGAUGUGCUGCCCCGAGGCCCCACCAUGCCUGACGAGGAUUUCUUCAGUCUUAUCCAGAGGGUUCAGGCUAAGCGGAUGGAUGAGCAGCGUGUGGACCUCGCUGGGAGCCCAGAGCAAGAGGCCAGCGGGCUGUCCGAUCCCCGGCAGCAGUGUCCACCAGGUGCCAGCUAAGGCCACACCCCUACGGCCAGGCAUGCCCUAUCCUGGACUCUGGGACCUCACAGCUGUCCACAAUGGCCAUGAUCCCUCAAUAAGCCAAAUCCUCCCAAGGCCAUGAUGAAGAGCCAGCUCAGCCCCCAGCCCCUUCCCACUGAGCCAGAUAGUGGGCACAUAGCCCUCAAGGACCACCCCACCCCACCCCAGGGUGGUGGGUUCAGGCUAGAGCUGCCAUAUGGGGAAGGGCAUGCUUCUGUCCCCAUAUGGUCCACAGCUUCCUGCAAGCCUGGCCUGCCCUGCUCCAGGCCGGGCCUUCAGCAUGUUGGCCCCAAGCCCCGGUGCUGUCCAGAUUCUACAAGCCCUGCCCUGCCAAAUGUGAAACUGCCAACUUCCCCAAGCUCCCCAGAGGGGCCGCAAAGACUAUUCUGGAGCGGGGUGGUGGGUAAAGGGGGCUACAGUGGCAAGGCAUGUUCUGUCCCCCAGCUGGUCCUGGGAUGGCCACACAGGAGAUAUACUCUGAUCUGUCUCACUUCCCCAGGGCAGGCCCUAUCCUGGCCUGUCUGAACCCAACCCUGCUAUGGGAGAUUGGCAACUGCAAAGUCCAGAUACCCUUGACCUGGUAGUCGCUAGCCUUGCACUUGGCCUUUGAGGAAGGAUGGAUCUUGUCUCUGGCAAAGGGACAAGGCAAGCCUCCAAGCCCAAAACACAGGCAGGGUCUUGUCCUAGGAGUGCUGGCUGGUGGGCGUUCAUGAGGGAUCUCUGCUCAACACCAUCUCCAGUCCCCUCAGCGGACAUCCACCCCAUUUUAGUAGGGAGAUGGUAUCUUGGCUUCCUCCCCAAGGAAGGGUCCAGCUGCAGUAUCUGAGUUGGACACAGGGCAAUGCAGUUGGGAUGGGGACUCAAGUAGGAGUCCUGGGGCAUCUGUGAGACAGACCCUUGGGGACCAUGGUCCCAGCUCUUGCCUGCAGAUCCUACAGGUAGCCCUAUUGGAGGGCUCUGUACAACCUACUAACACGGAGCCUCUUACCCUGCAGCCUGGGAGGGGGCAGAGCAAGGGAAACUGAAGGGCUGGGCCUGGGGACCCG